AUGGAGCUGCUCUUUUUCGCGUAUCGGGACUUUACGACCGAGUGCGAUGCGAUCCUGGCGUCCUACGGCUUCGGGCGCGCGCAUCACCGGGUCGUCUAUUUUGUCGGCCGCAACCCGGAUAUCUCGGUUACCGCGUUGCUGGAGAUUCUGAGGAUCACCAAGCAGAGUCUGUCCCGGGUGCUCGGCCCGCUGGUGCGGGAGGGGUUCGUGACGACCCGGCAAGACCCUGCCGACGGGCGUCGCCGAUUGCUGACGCUUACCGCAAAGGGGCGUAGCCUGGAGGGUCGGCUCUCCGCGACCCAGCGGGCCCGUAUCGCCAAGGCCUAUCGCAGCGCCGGCGGUGUCGCUGUGGAAGGAUAUCGGGAGGUCUUGAUGGGAAUCAUCGACGAGGCAGACCGGCGCCGCUUCGAACGACCCUGA